UAUAGUGCGUUAGUGAUAACUGAUAAUCUUGCUGAUUAUAUAUUUUCUUAUUCAACAUAAUGCUUUUUCCUUUUUCCGCCCGAAAGGCGAAUAAAUCCGCUGAUUUUCUUGGCUUGCGCUCCGGAUUUAACUUUAUAAAUUGCACGCGAAAUGCGGAUCUUUUGUCCAAGGGUUAUGAGCCACCGAAGGCGAUCAAAACUGGCACCUCCAUUGUGGGCAUCAUCUACAAGGACGGCGUUAUCCUGGGCGCCGACACUCGCGCCACCGAGGGACCCAUUGUUUCCGACAAGAAUUGCUCCAAAAUUCACCACCUUCAGGAUCACAUAUACUGUUGUGGAGCCGGCACCGCUGCCGACACCGAAAUGAUUACCCUGACGACCAGCGCCGAGCUGGAUCUGCACCGGCUGAACACCGAACGGCAGGUGCCGGUGGUCUGUGCGAGCAUGAUGCUCCGCCGGACCCUCUUCCGCUACCGGGGCCACAUUGGUGCCGCCUUGGUGAUGGGCGGCGUGGACAGGACCGGUCCGCAGCUGUACUGCAUCUAUCCGUGCGGUUCCAACGACAAGAUACCCUACGCGGCCAUGGGCUCUGGCACCUUGGCGGCCAUGUCGGUGCUGGAGCACGGCUGGAAGCCCGACCUCGACCUGGAGCAGGGCAAGCAGCUGGUCCGCGAGGCCAUCUCGGCGGGGGUGUUCAACGACCUGGGCUCCGGAUCCAAUAUCGAUCUCUGCGUGAUCACCAAGCAGGGAGCGGUGUACCUGCGAACCGACACGAUUGCCAGCGAGAAGGGCGAGCGGUUGGGCAAGUACGGCAUCAAGCCCAACUCCACCAUGGUCACCUCGAUCUCCGUGCUGAGUCUGCAGGUCACCGAUGAGCGGAUCUACGCAGUGGAGGAUCAACAGCCGGGCACCAGUGGCGUUCAGUGGGUUUCCUCGCAAGAGGAUGAGGAACUGCCCGAAGGAUCGCAGACUAAAUCACCAUAGACACCCUACCCCAUACAUUUAAGUUUGAGCAAAUUAAUCGUUAAAUAGCAACUUUGCUUUACAUAAAUGUUAAUGCAUUCG